AUGACUUCCACCACACCACACACUCAAGACCUUCCACCAGAAGGUGGUUUCCCGUCAAUAAGAUAUAAACGUAAUGUCCCGAAAAAAGGGCCUUCUGGAUUAACUUUAGUUCUUGGUAUUACCGCUAUUUCUGCGUAUGGGUUUUAUAGCGAGUUAGAACGCGAAAAUAUGUGGUCACGUAUCCAUCUAGUUCCGUUACUUCAAGCAGAACAAGAUCGCGACACUUACCGAAGAGAACAGGCCGCAAUAAAACGUGAGGCGGAGAUCAUGAAAGAUGUGCCUGGGUGGAAACCAGGCGAAAAGGUGUACCAUACGAAACGAUAUAUUCCGACAAGUAUCUGGGUUAUUCCUGAAAAAGAUUAA